AUGAAGGAUUUUGGGUGGAGUUCGGAUAGUGAUGAUGUUGAGAUACUUACGAGUACAAAUUGUCCACAAGGUGUAUAUGAAACUAUUGAAGAUGAAACUGUAGAAGAUCAAUGUAAUGUGAAUGUGGGAGAUUGUGUGAAUUUGGGAGACCUUGAUGAUAAUAGAGUGAAUGUGGAAAAUGGAGAUGGAGAUGGAGAUGGAGAUGGAGAUGGAGAUGGAGUCAAUUUCAUUUCCACUUCUAGUAGUGGAGUUUUAGAACCGUUCAUUGGGAAAGAAUUUGAUGAAGUUGAGGACGCCCAAGCAUUUUACAAGGCGGAGGGAUUUAGGCGUGAAAGUCUCAAACAAAAAGAAAGACAAAUUCCCGAAACUGCUGAAACAAAGAUUGGGUGUAAAGCUACUAUGUGUAUAAAAAAGGAUGGUGAUCGGUGGAAAGUAUGCAAAUUCGUGCCUGAACACAAUCAUGAGCUACUCACACCAAGAAGUACGAGUAUGCUUCGUGGACAUAGAGGAGUGACACGUGUGCAAAAAAAUCUCAUUCUCACUUUGAAUGAGUCUGGUGUACCGACAAGGAAGAUAAUGUCGGUAUUAAGCAAAGAAGCAGGUGGUGAUUUUAAAAUUGGUUGUAUUGGAAAGGAUGUAGAAAAGUUUUUGGGAAAUAAAAGAAGAAAGUUGUUUGAAGAGGGAGAUGCACAGAGGUUGUAUGCAUACUUUCUUGAUCGACAGUGUAAAGAACCUGGGUUUGUGUACUCUAUGCAGGUUGAUGAGAAUGGGUGUAUGGGAAGCUGUUUUUGGGCAGAUGUAAGAUCAAGGUCUGCAUAUCAAUAUUUUGGAGAUGUUGUCACGUUUGAUGCGACGUACUUGACAAAUAUUUAUAAGAUGUCAUUUGUGCCGUUCUCAGGAGUUAAUCAUCAUCACCAAACCAUAAUGUUUGGUUGUGCGUUAUUAGUCAAUGAGACAGCUGAAUCAUAUGUUUGGUUGCUAAGAACAUGGCAAGAAGCAAUACUUGGGCGUGCCCCUUCAACUAUUAUUACUGAUGAUGACAAAGCUAUGGCUAAGGCCAUUGCAGAGGUACUCCCAAAUACAACUCACCGGUUAUGCUUGUGGCAUAUUUUACAAAAAUUUCCAGAACAUUUGGCACAUCUCUAUAACAAGUUUCCAGACUUUCAAAAAGAGUUCCAUCAUUGUAUCCAUGAUACAAUAACAGCUGAUGAGUUUGAGGAGGAAUGGGUUACCAUACUAGUGAAGUAUGGUCUAGUAGGUAAUGAUUGGCUGCAAAAUCUUUACAAUCGACGAGAGAAGUGGGUUCCAGUUUAUUUGCGAACCACAUUUUGUGCCGGUAUGUCAACCACACAAAGGAGCGAGAGCAUGAAUAAAUUUUUCAAGGAUUAUGUGCGAUCAAGCACGAUGGUGAGUGACUUUGUGCAUCAGUACGAGAAAGCAUUAGAUGCACGCUAUUUUAAAGAGAAAGAGAAGGAUGUAAGAACGAAAUCGAGUAGGCCGGUUUUGAAAACAUGUUGGGGAAUUGAAGAAGAAGCAAUCAAAGUGUAUACAAGGAAGUCCUUCAGUAUCUUUCAAGCUGAGCUAUUCAAUUGCCAACGGUACAAAGCAACAAAAGUUCAAACUGAGGGUGAAAGUAAGAUGUAUGAGGUGGCACCUAAGGGCAAUGACAAACGUAUUUAUUAUGUGAGUGUGGACUGUAGAUCAUCAACAGCAAUAUGUACAUGUCAUAUGUUUGAGUUUCUGGGUAUUCUUUGUAGGCAUAUCCUAUGUGUCUUCAUGAAGAAAUCAAAUUUAGAUUGUUUGCCACCUAACUAUGUUCUUGAAAGAUGGACCAUAAACGCUAAGAGUCGAGCUAUCCGUGAAAUACCAAAUUAUGAGGGCCAUGUUUCAAAUGGAGAAGAUCAGAUAAUGCGAAAAAGUCAUUUGAUGAUGCAGUUUUACGACAUUGCAGAACUUGGCUCACAAUCAAGGUUUCAAAUGGAACAUCUUUCUCUUGCCUUGGACAAGGUACACAAGGUGUUGCUUUUGAUGGAUACCAUGGGAGAACAAAAUCUAGAAGCCGGAGACAUGUCACGUAAUGAAUCCCCUGCAUUAAGAUCACAAGUAAUAUCAAAUUUCUCACAAACUUUACAAGAUCCUCAACGGGUGCCAACGAAAGGAAGACCAAAAUCUUUGCGAGCAAAGAAUCCGAGAGAGACAGCAUUAGUUAAGAAAAGGCGUUGUAGCAUUUGUAAGAUUGAGGGUCAUACCAAGAACAACUGUCCUUCGUUGGGGGAUGCUGGAAUUACGACAUUGCACAACAUGUCACAAAGGGUGGAUCUUGAAAGGGAAACAUGA